UAUCUAGACGAAAUAUUACUACAGUUGGGAAAGGCCUAGGUAGCUGGGGGAGCUUAGAAGAUAUACGCGCCGUAAUAUCAUUUGGGCUUACCAAGCAACUUAUUAGGCGAGAUUUUCUAUUAAAAAGUGUCGUGUCCAUCGGUGAACUUGAGCGAUCUGGUUUGAUCUAUCUUUCUAACACUAGUGAUGGAUGGUAUACUAUCGUUAUGCCCUUUAUGCUAUUGAAAGCACUCAAUAAAAGGCUCUCAUAUGAUGUAGAACGUAUAGAACCUGUAUUUGAGGAUAACCUUCUCUCUAUCCCAACACACGAAACUCCUUGGCAGUGGCAAGAUUUUGAAUGUUUCUAUGGGCAUUUCCAAAAGGCUCUUAUUGAUAGUUUCAUCUGCGUUCAAGAAUCAAAGAUUAUGAAUAUUGA